AUGGACCCCGAGGGCAACAUCCUGCUGCAGCAGCGUAGUCUGGCCAAGAAGUUGGGGCGGGGCCAGUGGGACCUGUCGGUCGCCGAGCACCUGCAGCCGGGAGAGGAGUAUGCGGAGGCUGCUGUGCGGGGGCUGCAGGAGGAGCUGGGCAUCAGUGUCAGCCGGGCAGACCUCCGGCCCUUGGCUCCCGCGCACCUGCGGGACCUCAAGCUGCCCAACUUCCACGACCGCGAACUCGUGCAGAACUACCUGCUGCCAGGAUGGCGGGGUGACCAGCUGACAGUAGACCCCGUUGAGGUGGAGGGCACUCGCUGGAUCUCCCGGGAGGAUCUGAUCAGGGACACCCAGGCGAACCCAGAGGCCUAUAACCCCUGGCUCAGGUCCGAGGGCAGCUCGCUCAGCUGGCUGCAGGGUGCGUGUGGCCAGCUACCGACCAUGACAGACCAGCGCCAGUGCGUGCCCUACUGA